CAACAGGCACUGACGGCCUCUGACUUCAAAUUGUCAAACAUGCCAGUCUUCAAACCCAUGCUGAUGUUUGCAGCUUUCUUUUCCAUCUUGGGAUUUGCUCAGAGUGAAAAAUUGCCAAGUUUUGACCUGCUGGAGGAGUUUCGACUGAAUGAGUUGAGAGGCGUGAGGAGGGUGGAUGGAUCUCAACCUGAGGCUGUGGCUUACCGUGUCAACCCCUCCAUCCAUCUACGGAGAACCAUGAGAGAUGUCGUAAAUUUCAUGGUCAUGCCUCUCGCCGUACCGUCAGCCAUCUCUGAGGUUAACCUCCAAGCAGCUGACUCUGCCUACUACACGCUGGGAAUCCGUGGAAAUGCAGGAGACUAUGGCAAUAUUGGUGAGACCGGCCCAAAAGGUGAAGAAGGAAGCAAAGGUGAAAAAGGGAUGAGAGGAACCUGGGGGCAAGUGGGGGACAGAGGUCCUAAAGGGCUGAAAGGAUUAAAAGGGGCAGCAGGGUUUAAGGGCAUUCGAGGACCUCCUGGAGACAAUGGGGAGACUGGGAAACUUGGAAUAGUUGGCACCAAAGGUCUUAAAGGCUAUGGAGGGAUUCCUGGGUUUCAAGGAGUAAAGGGCCAAAAGGGAACGAUGGGCGCAACUGGGCGGCUUGGCUCCAGAGGAAAGCAGGGUAUCGUGGGGGAUCCUGGGGAAAGAGGAGCUCCUGGAGAGAAGGGGAAGCCCGGUAUCCAAGGACUUGGGGGCAGAGCUGGCACCAUUGGACCAAAAGGUAUUAUUGGAGACCCAGGUUUACCAGGUAGAGACGGUGAUCCAGGAAUCGAGGCGUAUCAAGGACCACAAGGUCCCAGUGGAAAAAAUGGACAUAGUGGAGUAAAGGGGGAAAAGGGUACCCUGGGGCCAGCAGGAGAAAUGGGCCCCCAGGGCCAAACCGGCCCAAGAGGUUACAAGGGUUCUGCAGGAAAGCCAGGAAGACCAGGAUUUAUUGGCCCAGCUGGACCUACUGGUCACAUAGGUGUUCCUGGAAAACCAGGACCCAAGGGGGACACAGGGAUCCAGGGGAUCAGAGGAGGAAAAGGUGCACAGGGAAAAAAUGGAGUUAAAGGCCCAAAGGGAAGGGAUGGGGACAGGGGUGACCAGGGUCCUCAGGGGAAACGAGGGGAACGUGGCCCUGCAGGUCCACCUGGUCAUUCAGGUCCAGUUGGAGUCAAAGGGAUCCGAGGUGAGGGAGGACCGGAUGGUUUUCAGGGACUUCCAGGCCCCCCUGGCCCAAGCCUCCCUGUCGCACAUGUGAUCGAGGUCUGUAAGAAAGUGGUCCUGGAGCAGAUGUCCACCUUUGCUAACUCAGUGAAGAGGACCUGCGCUGCUGUUUGUCCUCUCUACGGGGAUGUUCCCAUGGGUGCUCCAGGGCCCCCUGGACAGAAAGGACCCCCAGGACCUCCUGGGGAUCCUGGUAAUGACGGUGCUGCUGGAGAAAUGGGCCCACCGGGCAUUUAUGGAGAAACUGGAGAUCCUGGUCGACGAGGAGAAACAGGUAAUAGAGGGGAGCGAGGCGAUAAAGGAGCCAAAGGUUAUGGCUUACCAGGCUUCACCGGAGAUCAGGGGUCCAAGGGUCAGCGUGGACAUCCUGGCAGAGCCUUUAACGGCCAGCCUGGGAAACAGGGUGAGAGGGGACACGGAGGUAGACCAGGCCUCAGGGGCCACCCAGGCCUCAGAGGACCUCCAGGGGUGUGCGUCACUUCUGGGUGUGCUGCGCUGAACUCCACCAGUGGGGCACAGCAGCCGUCCCCAUCGAGGCCGAGGACCCGACCCUAA